CGGCGUAGACCUGCCUGUUCGCUGGUAACAAUAGAAGCAGCUCGCAGGGACUCAGCCAGCCCGUUCUCCCCGACAAACCCCGCUCCGGCUCGGCCACGGGGAGGACGAUCCGCGGGGGCGAUUCGGGAGGAAAAUAGUUCCAGUAUGACGGUUCAUUUAGGCGUUUGAGGCUAGUCGUUAGCCCCCCCUAACACGGCGUUAGCAGCUAGCGGCUAACCGGAGGAGGAUCAGCUGUUUGUGGACAGAUGCUGUAGGAAGAGUCGGAGCACUUUCACAGUAAGUGGAUUUAACACAUAACCGCGCUGCUCGCGUUUAAAAGCACAGUUUUAGCCUCAAGAUUCACCCUCCUGAAGUUUCAAAAGUUUUGAAUUAAAAGUUAGUUGAAGCAGCCAAGUUGUUAGCCAGACAGCUAGCUCCUGCUAACCGAGCUAACUCCCGACGCUCCAGCCGAAUAAAGUUUGAGACAAGUUGGAGAGCUGCGAGGAGGCUCGGACAUCCCCGCAGCAUCUCCUCCGGGGGCCGGGGAGCGGAGCCCCGCGGGGGCCAGCGGAGCCAGCGGCCGGUGUCACCCCGCACCACCGCAGCCUGCUGGUAACGGCAGCUCCGGGGACGUUUCCAGGAGUUUGGGCUUGGAGUGGAGGAAUGCGCCGUGAGUUCACCGAGCCCACGGGAGUUAGUUUGAUUAGCGACGCCGGCUCUCAUUGACGCCGAGGCGGAUGAAGGGGCGCAGGAUUUGGCCACUUUUCGGGGUUAAAUGGCAGUUUGCAGUUAGAUUUUAAGGAGAAAUCAAGUGGCUCCAGCAGCUUUGCUUUUACACGGCGACUCAAACGAGCUGGCGGUUCUUAUCAUGUUGGCUUCAAAUGAGUAAAUUCAGGAGGCUUGAUGGUGAAAUUCUCCUCUCCGGCAGUGAGUGCCGCGGUGACUGAAGGCCAUUAGCAAGACAAAGGUCGCCUCCAUGGAGCCAGCACAGGAGGCUUUGUAAAGGGCGAGGGGGGGGUGAAAAAGAGCCAGAUUCAGCAUUUUUUAUGGACGAAACCUGAGCCGGGAGUUUUACUACAAGUCUUUAUUGAUGAUGGCGGAUUUUGUUACACCGCGACACAGCGCGGUGAUGGAGAGGCUCCGCCGGAGGAUCGAGCUCUUUCGGCAGCAUCACAACAGCUGCGAGAGCCGCUACGAGAGCGCGACGCUGGAGCGGCUGGAGCUGGAGCGGCAGCAGACCUUCGCCCUGCACCAGCGCUGCCUGCAGGCCAAGGCCAAGCGCUCCAACAAGCACCGGCAGCCCCAGCCCAGCGGCGGCGGCGGAGGAGGAGGAGCAGAGCAGGCCGGCCAGAGAGCGCCCGGAGCCGGCGGCGGAGCAGGAGGAGGAGGCGGCGGAGCAGGGAGCGGGGAGCACGGGGAGAGCGGAGGGACGGCGGCGGAGCAGAGCCGGAACAGCACGCUGAUAGCGCUGCAGGAGACGGUGAAGAGGAAACUGGAGAGUGCCAGUUCUCCACUGGGCAGAGAUCAGGUCAACGGUUACGGCGACGGCUUCCCCCCCAACAAGAAGGCCUGUCUGGACAACGGCACGGCCAACGGCUCCCCGCUCGACUCCAAGCUCGGCAUCAGCGACGCCCUGACCUCCAACGGCAGCCACGGGCCGGCGGGCGAGGGCGCGGACGGCGGCGUCGAUCCCGGUUCGGACUUCCACCGGAAGGAGAUGAAGCAGGAGCCGGACGACAUCCUGCCCAUCGUGCCGCCGUCCGGCGGGGGAAACAACAGCCUGUUCCCGGACCUGAACGAGCAGGAGUGGACGGAGCUGAUGGAGGAGCUCAACUGCUCCGUGGUCUACGAGGACAUCCAGGACAUUUUCAACGACGGCUUUGCCGACCGGAAAGACCCUCUGGAGCUGGCGGCAACUCCUGGCGGGGGAGGAGCCGGGGGAGGGGCGGCGGGCGGGGGAGGCCAGUCGUCUCAGAGUCUGCUCCCGCCGGAUCUGGCCAAUGUGAAGGCGGAGUUCUCUCCGGCGUCGGCGGUCUUCGAGCAGGACUCUCGCACCGGCUCCCCUCACGUCCGGUCCACGCCCUCCGGCCCCCCUCCCCCUCACCCCACCAGCUCUCCGGUGGCCUCCUCGUCCGCCUCCUCCCCGGCCCUCCCCCCGUCGCAGACGGCCGCCCCCCCUCGGCAGCUCCAGGCCCCCCCGAACCACCUGCUCCCCCCGGGGCCCAAAGACCUGUCCCCCGCCCAGCAGCUGCAGCAGCUGGCCGCCCAGCAGCAGAGAGCCCAGCACCUCCACGGCCAGAUGCAGCACAAGCCCCCCCAGCCGGGGGCCAAGUUCCACAACCAGGGGCCCCAUGCCCACCCUCCACCGUGGCCCCAGAUGGCCAACGCCUCUCAGAGCCCACUAGGGGGCGCGUUUGGUAUGGACAAACCCACGAGCCCCUCCCUGUACCCGCCGGAGUUCAACCCCGGCGGUCAGAAGCAGCUGCUGAUGCAGGGCCAGCCCAACAAGGGCUCCCCCAAGGCGGGGGCCGGCGGCUACAUGCCGGGGCCCGCCGGGCAUCCCAACAUGCUGGGACACCUCGCGUCCGGGCCCCCCCUCAGCCACCCGCCGGCGGCCGCGGCCCAGGCCCCCAACGCCAUGCUGACCCUCAACAACACCAAACCUCUGUCGCACUUUGAGGCGGGACCGGGCCCCCCGCGGCCCCCCAACACCCAGAGCCAGAAUAAAGCCGCCCUGCUGUCUCUGCUCCGACAACAGCAGCAGAUCAAACAGAAGAACAGCAUGAGCUUCAGGCAGCACAUCCCACACACACAGGACCAGAACACCUUCUCAUCUCCCUCCCACGGCCCCACCAACGCCAUGACGUCCGCGCCGGGGAACAACGCCAUGGCGGCCCAGCCAGGGGUGAACGCCAUGGCCGGUAACCAUGGUAACGCUGCCUACAUGAACAGCGCGGCGGUGGCGGCGGCACUGAAGCAGCAGCAGCAGCAGCAGAUCCUGGAGCAGCAGAAGCAGCAGUACAUGCAGAGGCAGCAGCUGAUGGCUGAACAGGAGAAGCAGCGUCAGCAGGACCAGCAGCUGCAGCGACACCUAACCCGACCGCCGCCUCAGUACCAGGACCAGCAGGGACCGCCGACCAAUCAGAAUCCCUUCCCACAGCAGCAAGUCAACCAGUUUACAGCUUCCUCUCAGCCAAUGGGCAGCGUGGGCUCCAUGGGAGGCCCCGCCCCCGGCUCCCGCAUGUUUCCUCAGAACCAAGGCAUGAUGGGAAUGAACAUGGGUCAAGGCGGCGGAGCCCCGACCCCGGCGGCGAGCCAGGCGGACAUGAGUCUGGCGUCGUGCGGCGGCGGAGGGGGCGGAGCCGGCGUGGACGUCCUCUACAACAACAUGAACAUGCACCCGAACCACGCGGCCCACCCACCGCAGCCCGGCAUGCAGCGGCAGCAGCUGGGCGCCAUGAGCGCCCCCUACAGACAGAACCUGAUGGCUCAGCAGCAGCACCUGAAGGCGCAGCCCAACGCCGCCAUGCUGAAGCAGCAGCAGCAGCAGCUGGCCGCCGCCGCCGCCGCCACUCGCAUGCCGGGCUCCAUGCAGGGCGGCAUGGGCGCCAUGCCCGGCGCCAUGCAGAGCGGCCAGAGCGCCGCCGCCUGGCAGCAGCAGCUCGCUGGCCAGCCGCCCUCCACCAACGCCUUCAGCACCCCGCCCAACGCCUUCCACAUGCAGCAGCAGACCCGCAUCGCCAAGAUGCCCACUGGCUCCGCCCCCUUCGGGCCCAGCCCCGGGGUGCGCCCGAUGGGAGGCCUGAACCCCGGACAGCAGAUGAUGCACACGAACAUGGCGGCCGCCCAGCAGAGGGUGCCGCCGAACCCGCAGACACUGGGCCAGCCCAUGGCCAAUCAGCAGCAGGCGCAGCAGCAGCAGGCCAAUCAGAGCCAGGCCGUGCUGUCCGACCUGGCGGCGUUCGGACAGCCGCAGGGCAACGGUCGCCAGGGCCUGCAGUGUAACCAAGGCUACCAGGUGAGCAGGACGGCCGGCCAGCAGCAGCAGGUGUCGUUCGGGUACAACGCGGCGGCGGGAAGCUUCGCCGCCGAGAGCGACCUGGUGGACUCGCUGCUGAAGGGCCAGAGCACGCAGGAGUGGAUGGCCGACCUGGACGAACUGCUCGCCAGCCACCACUAGUCCAGCGCCGCCCGACGGGACGGGAACGCGCCUCAGACGGCUUCAGAGCGACGGCCGGCUCCGGCUGCGGGUCCCGGUCGGCUCAUUUCCAUACUUUCAGGAAAAGUAUUAGAAUCAUGCAAAUGAGCGAAACAACCGGGCUCCUGUUGUUCAGGAAAACAAGCCGCUGUCCACCGUUUGUUUUAGCAGCGUGGUCGGCUGCGUGUUCCGUCAGCCGCGUCGUUCAUCACACGCUUUCUUCCAGUGUCUCACUUCCAGCUCAGCUCUUUUUUUAAUCAGUGAACAAGCGGUCAUCCUGGUCCUGCAGCAGGUGAAUCAGCCUCAGAAGAGCCGCUCCCUAAACUCCCAGCUGUUAGUUUCUGCUCAGUUUAGGCAGCAUGUUGCAUUGUGUCCACAUGGUUCUCGCGUCGGAUGUUACGACUGUUCGUGGCGUGGAGUGGAUUCAGCCCGUCUGUCCCGUUCAGCCGUUAGCCGGGCGAGUGAUUUUGGGCCAUCCUGUUUUAAGGAGGAGCUUCAGCCCGGUGGUUCCAUGUUUUGGGGGUUUUGGAGUCUGGCCCUGGUUCUUCCACUGAGGUCCCGGUGCGAGCCGCUCCCUGCCGAGGGCGGAGCUUCAGCCAGGUCAAGUUAAGUUAUAACCUGAAUCUGGGCGCUCCAUGUUCAGGCGGCGCUUCAGGUCAGUUCCCCCAGUUGAAGGUCAAUAGUUGACCUCCGGUCCGGUUGGCCCCGUUCCGGAGUCUGUGACCCCGCUUCCUGUCGGAGGCGGGGCUUCGGCCUGCUCGCCGUGUCGGAGGCAGAGUCUGACUGCGCGGCAGAGCGCCGCCCAGUCGUCUAUCUACUGUACUGUUUUUGACUUUUUGUUUGUGUCUAUUUUAUUUGUGAGGUUCUUGUUGCGAAGCGACGGCUCGGCCCAGCGUUCAGCCUCGCUCCACCUCUGGGGUUUUCUGGGUCUGACUGUGUAAAUGUCUAUAAAUAUAUUUUUUGUAUGUAUGCCUUUCCUAAUGAUCUGGAGAAGAUAGAUGUUAUUUUUAUAUAUUGCAGCGGAUUUUUUGUAAGUAUUUUAUACUUUUGAUAUGGUUCUCUGUAAAACAAGAGUAUUAUGUAAAUAUAGUUCUUUAGAAACAA